UCGCAUCUUCAGGGAUACGUUCCAAAACUAGACUCCGAAUAACAGAGUUAAUUCUGCCGCUCCAAAACGCAAGGUUACUGACAAUAUGAGAGUCUAUUCGUUCCAAAACUAUAAAUAAUCUACCUCGGAGUCAACUUUAUGAAUCCUGCUUCCGAAGUGAAUUGAAGGAGAAAAUUAUCUCUAAAGAAAUUUUGGAAAAUGAUAUCCAACAAGUUAAAAGAAAAGGCAUAUGACGUUACAGGACAACAAUGUAAAAAUAAAAUCGGCUUAAAGAAAACUUACAAAAAUGUUAAGGAUUACAAUAACAAAAGCGGUAACAACAAACGGACUUGGCCUUAUUUUGAGAUGGAUGAGAUAUUUAGACAAAAACCAUGGGUGACGCCAAUUUUAGAUUCUUCAAAACAAGAAUAUAUUGGGUCAUCUAAAAAGUAUCCGCGGUACUUUGUCACUAGAUAUAUAACCAUCAACACACAUCUAGUGACAAAAAACCGCGAAUACUUUUUAGAUGACCCAAUAUUAUCCCCUGCCAGUCCUACUUCAAGCAACGGCAAUAACAGUAGUAACACUUACAAUGAGAUCUCUUCAUCUCCAUAAUCUUCUAAAAGUUCUC